GGCCGGGCUCUAUCGCCGUGCGGGCGCGGAAUGGCCGCCGCCGUGUAGCGGGAGCGCCGCCGCCAUGGGCCGCGAGUCCAGGCAUUAUCGGAAGCGCUCUGCAUCCCGGGGACGCUCCGGGAGCCGUUCCAGGAGUCGUUCUCCAUCGGACAAGAGGAAACGUGAGGACAGGCGCUCCAGGAGCCGGGAUCGGGAUCGCAGACGGGAGAGGUCGCGCAGCAGGGACAAGAGGAGGUCUCGCUCGCGGGACAGAAAGCGUCAAAGACGUUCGAGGAGUAGAGAAAGGGAACGGAGCCGAGAGAGAAGACGAUCCCGGAGCCGAGAGAGGAGGCGCUCGAGGAGUAGGAGUAGAGGGAGACGGUCUCGAUCCUCCAGUCCAAGCAAGAACAGGAAAACAGAAAACAGAUCAAGAUCUAAGGAAAAGACAGAAGGUGUGGAAGUUUCCAAAGAAAAGAAAAAAGACAAAGAUGACAAAGAGGAAGAGAAGGAUAAAGAUGCUACUACAAAUGCUGUGGCCACUGAGAAUUUUGAUCAGAACAAACUAGAAGAAGAAAUGAGAAAAAGAAAAGAAAGAGUGGAGAAAUGGAGGGAAGAACAACGCAAGAAGGCAAUGGAAAACAUAGGAGAGCUGAAAAAAGAAAUUGAAGAGAUGAAACAGGGGAAAAAAUGGAGUUUAGAAGAUGAUGAUGAUGAUGAAGAGGAAACUGCAGAAGGAGAAAAAGAAGGCAAUGAGGUUGAAGAUGAGGAGUUAGAUCCUUUAGAUGCUUAUAUGGAAGAAGUAAAAGAAGAGGUCAAGAAGUUCAAUAUGAGAAGUGUGAAAGGUGGAGGUGGGAGUGAAAAGAAAACUGGACCAACUGUUACCAAGGUGGUAACUGUGGUGACAACCAAAAAGGCAUCUGCUGAGUCUGAAAAGAAGAAAGGGGAACUCAUGGAGAAUGACCAAGAUGCAAUGGAGUAUUCCUCAGAAGAGGAGGAAGUUGAUCUUCAGACUGCCCUGACUGGCUAUCAGACCAAGCAGAGAAAGCUGCUAGAACCAGUGGAUCAUGGAAAGAUAGAAUAUGAACCUUUCAGGAAAAACUUCUAUGUUGAAGUACCAGAACUAGCUAAAAUGACUCAAGAAGAGGUGAAUGUGUACAGGCUGGAACUGGAGGGAAUUACAGUCAAGGGAAAAGGCUGUCCCAAACCGAUAAAAACCUGGGUACAAUGUGGUAUUUCCAUGAAGAUUCUCACUGCCCUCAAAAAACAUGGCUAUGAAAAGCCCACUCCGAUUCAAACUCAGGCUAUCCCAGCAAUUAUGAAUGGACGAGAUUUGAUUGGCAUUGCUAAAACAGGAAGUGGAAAAACUAUUGCAUUUCUGUUGCCUAUGUUCAGACACAUCAUGGAUCAGAGAGCAUUAGAAGAAGGAGAAGGUCCCAUAGCUGUCAUUAUGACACCUACACGUGAGUUGGCUUUGCAGAUUACCAAGGAGUGCAAGAAAUUCUCAAAGACACUUGGGCUUCGAGUUGUCUGUGUUUAUGGAGGAACAGGAAUCAGUGAACAGAUAGCUGAGCUCAAAAGAGGUGCUGAAAUUAUUGUUUGCACACCUGGACGUAUGAUUGACAUGUUAGCAGCUAACAAUGGUCGGGUGACAAAUCUCCGUAGAGUCACGUACGUUGUACUUGAUGAAGCUGACAGAAUGUUUGACAUGGGGUUUGAGCCUCAGGUAAUGCGCAUUAUAGACAACGUCAGGCCUGACCGUCAGACUGUCAUGUUCUCUGCUACUUUCCCCAGAGCUAUGGAGGCCCUGGCCCGCAGGAUCCUCAGUAAACCUAUAGAGGUGCAGGUUGGAGGCAGAAGUGUUGUCUGUUCUGAUGUGGAGCAACACGUGAUUGUCAUAGAAGAGGAGAACAAGUUUCUGAAGUUACUGGAGCUACUGGGACAUUAUCAGGAGAAAGGAUCCGUUAUCAUAUUUGUAGAUAAGCAAGAACACGCUGAUGGGUUGUUGAAAGAUUUAAUGAGGGCUUCUUAUCCUUGCUUGUCUCUUCAUGGAGGUAUUGAUCAGUAUGACAGGGACAGCAUCAUUAAUGACUUCAAGAAUGGAACCUGCAAACUUCUGGUGGCCACAUCUGUAGCAGCACGGGGCUUGGAUGUGAAGCAGCUGAUGCUGGUGGUCAAUUACAGCUGUCCCAACCAUUAUGAGGACUAUGUGCACCGAGCAGGCCGCACUGGGCGAGCUGGCAAUAAAGGGUAUGCAUAUACAUUCAUUACUGAGGAUCAAGCACGUUAUGCUGGUGAUAUCAUUAAGGCUUUGGAAUUGUCUGGGAAUCCAAUUCCUACUGAUUUGGAGAAGCUCUGGGCUGACUUCAAAGACCAACAGAAGGCUGAGGGAAAGUUGAUUAAAAAAAGUAGUGGAUUCUCUGGCAAAGGCUUUAAAUUUGAUGAAACAGAACAGGCUUUGGCCAAUGAAAGAAAGAAGCUACAGAAAGCAGCUCUUGGCUUGCAAGAUUCAGAUGAUGAAGACACAGCUGUUGAUAUUGAUGAACAAAUUGAAAGCAUGUUCAAUUCAAAGAAAAGAGUAAAAGACAUGGCAGCACCAGGAACAUCAAAUGCUCCUACACCAUCAGCUGGGAAUGCAGAAAAAUUGGAAAUUGCCAAAAGAUUGGCUUUGAGAAUCAAUGCCCAGAAGAAUCUUGGAGCAGAGGCACAAGUCAUGGUUCCUUUCCACUUUAAGGAUGUGAUGCAGCAGGCUACAAAUGCUAUCCUGAGAGGAGGCACAAUUCAAGCACCUACUGUGUCUGCCAAGACCAUUGCAGAGCAACUGGCUGAAAAAAUCAAUGCCAAGCUCAAUUAUGUACCCAUAGAGAAGCAGGAGGAAGAGAAACAGGAUGGAGGACAGAAUGAAUCCUUCAAGAGAUAUGAAGAGGAAUUAGAGAUCAAUGACUUCCCACAGACUGCCAGAUGGAAAGUUACCUCCAAAGAAGCACUGCAGAGAAUCAGUGAAUAUUCUGAAGCUGCCAUUACAAUCAGGGGAACUUACUUCCCUCCAGGCAAAGAACCCAAGGAAGGAGAACGGAAGAUUUAUUUGGCUAUAGAAAGUGCCAAUGAAUUGGCUGUACAGAAAGCAAAGGCAGAAAUCACUCGCCUUAUAAAAGAGGAGCUCAUCAGAUUGCAAAAUUCUUAUCAACCAACCAACAAAGGAAGAUACAAAGUUCUAUGAGCAUUUGGAGUUAUCUGUCUGCUAGCAGCUGGUGCGUGAAACUUUGUGGCUUAUGUUGUUUUUGCUGUUUACACUGCUUAUUGUAAAUUAAGAAGUUUUUUUAUUUCAUCUUGCGGACAUUUUUUUAACAAAAAAUUGAUACUUGCUGAAGCAUCUUAAUUCUCUCCACUAAAGUUAUCAGUCUUAAAGCAGACCAGUUUUGCCAGAACAUGAUUUAAUUCAAAAGUGCAGUUUAUAUACUUUUCAUCAUAAAGAAUAUGAAAUAAACAUCUUAAUUUUUUU